AUGAGAAUGAAUUACCCAAUGUACCUAACGGAGGAACUCCACCUGCCCCGGCUAGAGCCAGAUCGAUGCCAGACUAUCCUAACAGCCAUCUACGCUGGCCUUCCGGUGGGAAUCCUCCCACCAUCGUAUACUCUAGAUCAUCUGCUACACUUUGAUAUUUUACCGGCAGCACUCUCAUUCGCUCUGGAUGCAUUCAGUGUCGUACACGGUACCGUAUCAAGGACAAUGACAAUACCAGUGGAAGAACGUACAGGAAUGGUGAACAUCCACAUCACGGACUGGUAUGAAGAAGAAGAACGGCUGCUCGAAGGUAUAAGUAGUGGUUCUCCUUUCCCUCUACUGGACCAUCGCCUCCUCCUACUCGAGUGGGAACUCUAUGAGGAAAUAUACCCUUGGGACAAAGAGAACUGCCCCACUCUACCACCUCCACCAAUGUCGCUCAACAUCCAUGUCACCACCACCAUCACUCACAGCGCAUCGGAGCCAGGACUGCUUCUCGACAGCGAUGGAGAUGAACUCCCGCUUCUAGGCAACCUUAGCGACGAAGCACUGGCCAAAUCAUGGAGGAAUGCACGUUGGGAAGACGAUGAAGACGAGACAGGUCGUUGGAUGACGGGAGGAUCUUGGACGAUGGGUAGAGCCUGGGGUAAUGACGAUGAACAGGCAAGGAAUGCUGACGAGGAACAACCCGGCUACCCCCACCGUCUCGGUGCCACGUACCCCUACAAUGACCCACCGGAGGACGGAUCACAACCUGCACCAGCCGUCACCAUCAAGGAGCAGAUAAGGUAUGCUCGAAUGGUCAAGUCUUUGAGAAACCCAGCGGCAGGACAGGUAUCGCUCAUCGCCCCAGACGUAGCAUCACCUUACGAUGUCUUCAUCGCCACGCCACUAACAUUCCUCAUGGAAAGCGACUUUGCCACCUUCCAUGCCUUCGUCUUCACUUGGGACAACCAGAAGGUCAUCUGGCACCUCUACUCGGAAGACUCACCUCAUCGUGUCUUCAGCCAAUGGGUCACUCUGCUCUAUCCGCCACCCAUCCCAGGCAUGCACGACUGGUAUCCAACACCCAACCGGAUGCAUAUCAUCAGCGUUCGCUUCACGAGCAAGGAAGAGGGCAUCGAACAAUACGAGGUCGAACUAUUCAGGACGUUCUCCGAUCAAGUUCACUACGGAGAUGUCAAGACACCUCGUGAGUUCACACUGAUCAUCUUCCAACCCCUCGUUGCCAUGAUCGAGCAGCCUGGGUAG